UGACGGAAGUGCACAGAGUUGUCUGCGCUUAGGUCCCGGCUCGGACAAGGUCGUUGUGGCGCGAUUGCCAGAGAAAUAUUUUCUGCAGUUUACCUUUUCGAAAGCUCACGUAGAAUGCUGACUUUAGUCAGAAGCAGCACGGCACGAUCUUCGCGUUCGUGGAUUCUCGGAAUUCAGCAGGGAUGCAACUAUGCAACAGAAGCGACUUUUGAGACUAAGCCAUUUAAGCUGCACAGGCUGGAAAAUGGUCCUCCAACAACAGUGAAGAUCACCAGGGAGGAGGCUCUACAGUAUUACAAAGAUAUGCAGGUCAUCCGACGCAUGGAGACAACAGCAGCCAAUCUGUAUAAGUCCAAAAUCAUUAGAGGAUUCUGCCAUCUAUACUCUGGACAGGAGGCAGUGGCAGUGGGUAUGGAACAUGCUAUUACCAAGGAAGAUGGGGUGAUCACUGCUUACCGUGCCCAUGGGUGGAGCUACAUGAGGGGUGUUCCUGUGUUGGGCGUCCUAGCAGAACUCACUGGAAGAAGAUCAGGGUGUGCGAAAGGUAAGGGAGGAUCCAUGCACAUGUACUGCAAAAACUUCUACGGAGGAAAUGGCAUAGUGGGUGCCCAGGUGCCAUUAGGAGCUGGAGUGGCACUUGCCAUGAAGUACCAGGGAAAGAAGAAUGUUUGCCUGGCACUGUAUGGUGAUGGAGCUGCCAAUCAAGGGCAGCUGUUUGAAGCCUACAACAUGGCCAAGCUGUGGGAUUUGCCUUGCAUAUUUGUUUGCGAAAAUAAUGGGUACGGCAUGGGCACCUCAGCAGCACGAUCUUCUGCAAACACUGACUACUACACAAGAGGAGACAGUAUUCCAGGCAUAUGGAUUGAUGCAAUGGAUGUUCUGGCUGUGAAGUCAGCUACAGAGUUUUCGAAGCAGUUUGUCUUAAAGAAUGGACCCAUUCUUUUAGAAGCUGCAACAUAUCGUUACCAUGGUCACAGCAUGAGUGACCCAGGGACAAGUUACCGAACACGUGAAGAGGUUCAGGAGGUGCGCCAGAAUCGUGAUCCAAUUGGUCUGUUUAAGAGCCGCAUUAUUUCAUCGGCACUGGUUACUGAGGAUGAUCUGAAGAAAAUUGACAACGAUAUUCGCCAAGAGGUGGAGGAAGCAGCAGAAAAGGCAAAGGUUGACCCUGAGCUUCCCCUGGAAGACCUUUACUCAGACAUCUAUUCCCAGCCACCUCCCAAUUUUGUUGUACGAGGGAGUGAUCCUACCGUCAUGGUGUCUGUACGUUAAAAUCAGUCCUCUGACAAGGAUGCAGUUCUUUGGAACUGUGUGAGAUAUUAUGGACAUACUUUUCUUCAAACAUAGAGUAGUUCUGAAGGUCUUGUGAAAAUCUUUAACAUUACAAAAAGUUCUGAAGAACAAUCAUGUGAGCAAUCUGGACUGGUAUUAUUUUAUGAUAAUUUGAUGGUGUUGGGUAGGGAUGUACUCUUUAAGAGUAUCCUUGCCUUUGUUGCAGAUAAGUAGAUGAGCAGAUCGUUUUGUCUUGCUGCGUGUGAAAAUGAGUGCAGAUGGCCUUUUCGGCCAUUCUUGUGCAUGUGUAUCUGUGGGUAUGCUUUUGAUUACCUCCCUUGUACAAAUGUGUUCGUUGUAUUGCAAGACGUUUUCAAGAUUCUGUUUCUUUGCUGAUUGGAACAGUGCUGUAACCUCGAGCAUGCACGGCACUAUGCAACAAAAAAACUACAAUUUCAAAUGUUUAAUACAGGAAAACAAUAAUUAAGCCUGCAACAACAACAACAACAAACUUCACUCAUAGGUGGUACAUUGUAAAGGGUCAUUCUUUGCUGACAUUUGUCAUGGAUAAUGUUCUUAUCUUAAUGCAAUAAAUACCGUACUAUGAUACUAAUGAUCUAUGAUACUAACAUUCUAAAACUUUCCACGGAACUAUAUUAUUUCCAAUAAGCAGAUUUAUCUAUUCAUUAAUACACUGGGUCCUUUGUGCAACUGUAGUCACCAUACCACUCUGGCCACUCAUUGGUAGCACAUUAGCAUCAGAAUUACACAGUACAUUGCCAGUGUAUCAGCGAGUUAAAACUCUCCAGACUAGUGAACAUUUAGUAAUCAGCUAUUGACAUUGUUCUGCCAUAAUAGUUAUAGCUCACUAGAUAUGGUAAUGUGCUAGGUCAGAAUGAAAAUGGUACUGAUAAUACUGCUGCAGAAAUAAAGAAUUUCUGCAGAAGUGCAAAAUAACUUUUUGCUUUUUAUUUUCAAGAGUCUCGACACGAGUGUCUUCUGUGUUCUUUCAGAUCGACAUUUCCUUCACAUUCACUCAAAUGAUAGUGAUCCCCUCCGACAGCUUUUCGUGGUUGGCUUUCAUAGUGUUAUAAAGUCUUGAUCAACGUCCUCUGUUAUUUCUGCAGGUCCUUCUCAUCAUCAUCAAAGACUAAUAAAGUCUGCUCGAGUG